UUUCAAUCAACACUAACCGUCAAUCAAAACUCUCCACACGCGCUGUAUGUGGGUGGGUAUUGUGUUUGUUUCAUUCAGGAGAGGCUUGCAUUUGUAUGUCUGGACAAGAAGUUUAAUCAAUCAUCAACGAAUGUAUGCAAAUAAGAUAUGACAACUCUGCUCUCAUAAUAUAUCACUCCUUUCACAACACACCAAAACAUUGUGAUGACAACAAGAUAAACAAUCACCCACCAAUCCCACUCAAGACACUCACACACCCCACCACCCAAGAUGGACCUAAUCACCAUCGUAACAACAUCUGCAAGACAAAAAGGGAAAAAUGUCGAACGAAAUCAAUCAAGACGCAGACGACAGAUAUCAAUAAAGCAAACCUUUAUCCUCGUGGCAGGUGCUGCAAUAGCAUUCACAUCAAAUACAUACGCUCAAUCCUCAACUGCUUCAUCUUCCACCUAUUCACCAAUCGCAAGAUGGGGAGCAGCAUCAACAUUAAGUGAUUCACUCUUUAUCAUUCAUGGUGGAAAGACAAAUGGGGAUGGUAUAACGCCUGGCGGUGGAGGAUAUACCUAUUCAUCCGGCCCGAACACAAAUCAAACAAUUUCAAUCGACCUUUCUCAAAGCUUUCAAACAAGCUCACCACCAUGGCAAUCGAUCGAUAGAACCCUAGCCUCACAAGAUUCUUCACCUUCAACUGCUUUUCAUUCUUUGACUCCGUUGAAUAAUGGUAAUUUACUCAUUUUUGGAGGAAUGCCUGACCCUUCAGCAAAUACACAAGCGGGUAAUAAUUCAGCAUACAUUGUCAAUUUGAGUAACGGCGGCGGUCAUGCAUCUUUCUCAAGAGCAGCCUCUUCGUGGAAUGAACCUGAAAGGAGGAUGUACCACUCUGCUGCAGGAGAUGAGCAAGGGCAUGUAUACAUCGUCGGUGGAGAGACAACAAGCGGAUCUAUGGCCCCGAUGGAUCAAUUGUGGACGAUAAAUUCAGCAGCGAACAAUCCUCAAUUCAGGAAUACGGCUGCCAGUAAUCCUCCGGCUGGAUUGAUUGACGCAACUGCAACGAUGCUAAGCGAUGGAACAGUUUUGUCUUUGGGAGGAAUAGAUGGCAAUAACACUAUGCAAACAUUUGACACGAUAUCAUCCUAUUCGCCUUCCUCACAACAGUGGAGAUCGAUUGGCACUCAAGGUGUAAAUUCCAGUACGCAAGGCUAUCCAACUCCUAGAAGAGGACACGUUGCUGUCGCUCUACCAAACCAAAGAGUGUUCAUUCAUGGAGGUGCAAGUAUAAACUUUGAUCAAGCAAUGAGUGAUGCAUGGAUAUUAGAUUGGAGUCAAAGUCCACCAAGAUGGUCGGACAUACAAAUGACGAGCGGAUCCGCACCUUCUGCACGAUUUGCACAUUCAGCCGUUGCAUAUGGAGGAAAGAUUGCUUUGGUUUUUGGUUGGGCAGGUAAUAAUCCUGCUGAUGCAACUUUGUACACGUUUGAUACUACCACUAUGACCCAACAAGGACAAAUAUGGAGUGGUGGUCAAUGGACAACAAGUUAUACUCCUGAUCCAAAUGCCGCAAAGAACGGCUCUGGUAAUCAAGCCAACAAUGGAGGCAAGAGCGGCAAAGGUGGCGGCAGUUCCUCCUCCGGAUCAGAUUCUGGCAGUUCAAAAUCUCAAGAUCCAUUCGCAGCGCCCACUACGACCGAUUCCAAUACGACAGGAUCAGAUGAUGGAUCUUCCACGGCCGGCACAAAAGCAGGAGCAGUGCUUGGAAGUUUGGUUGGUUUAGGUUUGGUUGCUGGUGUUGGCUUUUACGCUUACAGAAGACAUCAACAAACUGAGAUGAACAAUUGGCGAAGAGGUGAUGGAGAUGCGGCCUUAUUGGGUGGUUCAGGACAUUAUAGUGGCCCCGAUGAGCUUUACACCUUGGAGAAAGGCCUGGCAGAAGGUGGAGGAGGAGCGGGUGGCUAUUAUCAACCCGGUAUGCAUCCAAUGGGACCUCGUGAACCUUCUCGUCCGAACCUUUCUUCUUCGCCUUGGAGUAUGGGUAACAUUGGACAUGCAAUGGAAGGUUCAGGUCCUCAUUUACGUGAACGGUUGGCCUUGUUGACGGGAAUCGCUGGUUGGACUGGAAGCGGAAACGGUCAGAAUGGCAAUUCCAACCAACGAUUCGAUAUGUUGGCCGGAGAAAUGGACGACGAACGACAUGCAGGAGAGAUGUACGCAAUGAAACAUCGUAAUGGCGAUCACAUAGAAGAGGACGAUGAAGACGCAUAUGAAGCAGAGAUGGACAGACACAUCAAAGAACGUAGCUAUGGCCGUGUACAACAAGAUGAUUGGGAUGAGAUGGGCGCAUACGACACAUAUGGCGAUCUUGGCACAGGUGCGGGCGGAAGAGGUCAGAUCGACACAUACGUUGAAUCUCCAUUUGAGGAAGAUCGUCCGAUUCCCCCAUCAGAUUCCAAGGACAGAAAGAAUAGCGCCGGUCCAGGAGGUGCUGCUGCGUUGUACAGUGGCGAAUACGUUUCCUAUGAUAGUCAAAGCGUUGCAGAUGGAGUGAGCCUGAAUGAAGCAAAUAGCAUGUCAGAUGUUGGAGCUUCGGGUAAUUCUAGUCAGUCGCAUGGCAACCUUUCCACAUCAAACAAAUCAUCCUUAUCUAAAAGCAGUGGCGGCCAUGUUCAACCAGCCGCACUUUCCUUCAGCGAUUCCGUUCCUCAACGUAGACGAGGAGGUGGACUUGCACCUUCUCCUUUAGUACGCAGAAGUCCAACAUGGUGGGAUCGCUUCAUGGGUCAAAGCUUUUUGGAACGAAGUGCUUCCGGACGAAUGUAUCCUGGACCAAGGGCAGAUGAGCCCAUUCGUGAUCCUGCUGAUCCACCAACUCUAAGCGCCAUUCGAGAGGCUUCUCAUAGUACCAAUCCAAGUACAGGAUCUGAUCCGUUCAGAGAUGAUAGUCAGAGGGGACGGGAUGGUGCUGAUGCAUACGGAACUCCAGAUGUUGACGAACAUGGCAGGAGAUUGGCCGAUGAAGGUGGUCAAUACGCAACAAAAGACUACAAUCGUUCUUUGACAAGUUUGCAAAGUGCACGCACUGGUGAUACAACUAUGCUAGAAGCCAGAAUGAGAACGAUGGACGUUCAACGUGCGGGUACAGUGAGUAGUAGAAGAACAUACAGUAGUGGCGCAAGAAGUGAUCGUAUGGGCAGCACGGGAGGAAGUAUGAGCAGUGCAGGUGGCCUAAGUCGUCAUACCAGUGUUCGCAGAGAUGCCCAAUCACAAGCACAUGAAGCUGCCGAACAAACGCCCAUGUCUGAAUCUACACCUGGCAGUGUUGUUUGGGAUCCUUCCCGAUAUGCUAUGCCUGGUACUGUUUACGAACAAGAUGAAGCAGAUGAAAGCAGAGAUAUUGCUGAUACUUCUCGUCAAGAGGAAGAAGUCGGUGAUGAUUUGCUCUUGUUCAAAGAACACGAUCAACGUAUGCCUUCAGAAGUGCCUAGUCUUACGCCAUCGACUACCAAACGUGCACGUCAAAAUCCCGAUUUGACUUCACCCUUAAGUCCCGUACAAAAGCGGGCAAGAAGUCCACCAAUUCGUGGAACGGUGAAAGAUCGAGCAUUAGCAAUAGAACGUAAAUGGACAAAAGAAGGUGCAAAUGCAGUUUUACCUGUUCCACGUUCGCCUGCGAUUAGUAUGCAUAGUCAACAAUCUGGCAAUAGUGGUGGUCACUCAGGAGAAGAGGAAAGCAGCUCUACAGCGCAAACAUUUGUUCCGGGUAGAGGAGGAAGACCGAUUUUGACUAAAUUGGUUUCUCCAUCCAAACCAUCCAAUCGAAUCUUGGACGAAGGGGCUGAGAGCGAUGGAAUGGUUUUGAGCCCAAUCAAUGUUACCUCACCUCUUUCUAUCACCAAGAAACAACCGCAAACAGAAGGUAAACGAUUCACACACGAUCUCGUACCUAAAGCACAAUUAUACAUCGCCAAUCCGGAUAAACGAAGAGGAAGUUCAAAUGAUACUUCUGACCGUGCACCAUUUUAAAGUCACCUUGCGAUGGAAGGCUUAUUGUAUAGUAUUUCUUAUAGAUGAUUUUUGUAUUCCUUUUUUGCAAGCCACCUGGGCAAAACAUUCCUUCCUUUCCCUUUUUGCUUCUGGAUCGUUAUCUUAGGGCUAGUUUUUGCCACCCUUUUCUCUUUUCGCCUUCUCAAUUUUUGUACAAAUUCAUUCAUAUUCUUUUAUAGGCACAAUGCAAUUCUUAUGGUUAAACAGG